UCCAGAUCACCAUAUGUUGAGUUCUGUUAAAAUAAAAUUGUUGACAUUCUAUUCAUAACCAAGUUUUGAUGAACAGUGACAGAAGGUACAUUUAAUACCCUUCGCGGAAGUGUAUUUACAAAUGGAGGUUUAAUUACUUUACGGAAGUUUUGAUGGAUGGACCAUUAUCAAGUGAUGUAUCUCGCCGGUAAGUGUUGCCUGGGGAAUGACAAGAACUGGAAUCGCCUAAUAAUAACCUAAUCAUCUUAAUUGACGUUAUUGCACAGCCCAAGUAAGUGACUCGAGGCCAAUGUAAGAAUAUUAACUCUAUUUUUUAUAAGCGUAUAACACUGCUGCAGAAGUAAAGGACAGUGAGAUGCCUCCUUGCUACUUGUGGUAUGUGACGUGUUUCUGUGAAAUGUACUUUGUAGUUUCCGUGUCCAUACAUGACUCUUAGUUCUCUGCAUUACGGGAGUAUGGUGUCUAGGUUUCUCCAAUCUCGAGUUCCCCUACUUCACCAAGAGGUUAACCACCUGGCUACGACAAACCAACUGAGGCUGAACGUCGCUGUGUGUGGUGCCAGUGGAGGAAUCGGCCAAAGUUUAUCGCUACUCCUGAAGCAUUCGAUCCUGAUCAAAGAGCUCGCCUUGUAUGAUAUCGUGGACACUAUCGGAGUGGCGACGGACCUCAGCCACAUACCGACCGUGCCCAAGGUCAGAGGUUACGUCGGCAGUCAGCAACUCAAGGACGCCCUUACGGGCGCCCAAGUGGUCGUCGUAACCGCCGGGACGGCGCGGAAAACUGGGGUAACCCGAGAAGAUCUAUUCGACUUGAACGCCCCCGUUAUUAAAGAGAUCACCGAAGGCAUCGCCGAGGCGGCUCCAAAAGCCAUCAUAGCAGUCAUCACCAACCCGAUAAACAGCCUCAUUCCGAUUGCGGCCGAGGUCUUGAAAAAGGCUGGAGUCUUCGACCCGAAGAAGCUCAUAGGUAUCACGACCUUGGCCGUUCUCCGGGCGAGGACUUUCAUAGGACGGGCCAAGUGUAUUGACCCGAUGUAUAUUAAUAUUCCUGUGGUAGGAGGACACACGGGGACGACCAUCGUUCCGUUGGUGUCCCGUGCCACUCCUCCCGUUUCUUUCCCGGAGGAAGAACUGGAAGCUAUCAUCAGCAAGAUCCAACGUGCCGGCACCGAACUCUACAAUGUCAAAGGGAAUUCGGCAACGUUGUCUAUGGCUUACGCAGGUGCCCUUUUCGUCGACGACCUCUGCCGUGCCAUAACUGGAGAACCCAACAUCGUCCACUGCGCCUAUGUCACAUCCGAGGUCGAAGAAGUGAAGUACUUAGCGACUCCUGUGAUCCUCGGUCCCGACGGCAUCGAGAAGAACUUAGGGGUGGGUAAAACGUCCGAGUUAGAAUCCACACUGUUGAAGGAAGCAAUUAAUAUUAUAAGGCAAAGCAUCGAAAAAGGAGAAGAAUUCGUGCAUAAAGUUUCUCCAGUUUGAAAACUACUGAUUGCUUUAAGCUUCUGUUUGUAUACACUUCUAUAAUUAAUAAUGUCUUAAGCUGUAGAUAUUAAAAUUUAAUAUUUUACGUUUCUAUU